AUAUAAAAUAUAAUUUACUUCAUACCUCUAACUUUCUCCAAACUACUUUACCAAAUUUAUGUAUUAUAAUAAAUGCUAUUACUUUACUUUUAAUAAAUUAAUAUAUUGAUUUAUUAAAAUGUAUGAAUAAUAUUCUAAUUUAUUAUGGACAACAAUCUUCAAUAGUUGAUGAUUGAACGAUGCUUUAAAAGGACUCUUAACUAAAAAAUAUAGACUUUGAUUCAAAAUGAAUGGUUACUUCCUAUUUCAUGACAUUUGUUUAACCCUUUGACGCAGAUGGGACGCUGGUAUCCCUUUUGUGUAUAUUUUUAAGACUUUCUAAUUGCAAGCAAAAAUACAAUUAAGCAAAGCCAUUAUACAAUGUUUAAAAAUAUUUAUGAAUAGAUUUUUUUUCCUUCAAAUAUUUGUUUAUAAAUUACAUUGCUUUUCAGAAAGAAUUGAUUCCCGAUAUCUUCUCUUUUAAUUGCUUUUUACCAAAAUUAUUUAUUAUAGACUAUUUAUUCUAAAAAAAAGUUUCCUAUCUGUAAAUGCUAAUAGAAUCAAAAAAACGUUUUCCAUGAAUUUUAAAAAUUUUUAAUUUAUAAAAUUUUUGGAAAGCAUAUAGUAUCUAGCAAGGUUUUAUUUUAUUAUCUAGCGUUAGAGAGCAGUCGAUAUCGUUAUCACUUUCUUUUCCCAUUUGAUAAAUACCACAAUUAUACCUAAUAAAAUUGUUAUCAGUGACCGAUAAACUUUUUUAUUCUAUUUUUCGCCCUUAUCGAAUUUCUGCGUUAUAAUUUUUUUCAGAUAAGUAGUAGUUGCUUUUUAAUACACUUUGACGCCCAAUAGAUUAUUUUUAUUUAUAUUGAAGGCACUUUAUUUGACUAACUGAAUAACAGAAUUUUCUAGGUAUAAGAACUAAAAUUAAUGUACUUUUUCAGGCUUUAUUCACGAAUUGAUAUCGAAAGGAAAAACUCCUUUACUCCUAAUGAUAUCAAACAUACUAUAUUAAAGUGUAAAUAAUAUGCACGCUCAUUCCUUAAAUAAUGUAUAGUUUUUACCUCGAUUUUGACUUAGGGUUUUGCUGCUCUUGUUUUCAUUAAACUCUUAGCUUCAAUCUAAUCGAGUUAAAAGCUCAAGAGAUUUACCAGCUGUGACAUUUUAUUUAAGCAAAGAAAAUUCGGCGUUUUACUUUCUACUUCUGACAAAAAUAAUCUGAAUUACAUUUUGUUUGUGGAUUUUAUGCAGCUCCUCUUAAAGGUGUGUUAUCACUUGACUACAAUGAAUCCCAAUCUAAAUUCGAAUUAAGUUCGCCAUUAUUAAUAUGUGAUGAACUACGACGCAUCUUCAUCAUUUUUACAUUCGCCUUUUUAGCAAGUUUUCUACAGUUAUCUGUCUCACCUGACCUUUAUCCUUUUUACCUCGUGAUUUGCUUAUCAAGAUUUAAUGUUUAUAUCAUAUCAAGGCAAGAGCAGAAUUGUUUAUUAUUAUUCUCAUAUUCCUAGUGAAAGUGUCAACAUGAACUGUAAAAUGACACUUCUUUGCCCGAUUUUUGCUUUGUGUAUGUAUUUUUCAACAACAUUCGUAUUAGCUGUUUUGGAUAUUCAACCGGAACAGAUACAUUUAUCAUAUGGAAAAGCUCCCAAUGAAAUGAUGGUUACAUGGGUUACUUUUGAUCCAACUAACGUUUCUACAGUAGAAUAUGGAAGAUCUCACAAGGCACUGAAUAAAGUCAAAUUUGGUACUAUUACUAAAUUUGUCGAUGGUGGAGCUAAGGCAAGAGUACUUUAUGUCCACAGAGUACUUCUUGAUGAUUUAGAGCCAGGAACUGACUAUGUUUACCAUUGUGGCAGUGCAGAUGGAUGGAGUGCUAUUUACUGGUUUACUGCUAUAAAAGAAGGCACUGACUGGAGUCCAAGACUUGUAGUUUAUGGGGAUUUGGGUAAUUAUAAUGCUCAAUCUCUUCCUCGUAUACAAGAAGACGUCCAGAAAGGAAUGUACGAUGCACUGUUGCAUGUAGGAGACAUGGCAUAUGAUUUGGACACGGAUGACGCACUAAUAGGAGAUGAAUUUAUGAGACAAAUAGAAACAGUUGCUGCUUACCUUCCCUACCAAGUGUGUGUUGGCAAUCACGAGCAAGCAUACAAUUUUUCGAAUUACGUGAAUCGAUUUAGUAUGGUGAAUCAAGAUGGUGAAAUAAACAAUCAUUUUUACAGUUUUGAUAUCGGCCCUGCUCAUAUAAUAGGUUUCUCUACCGAGUUUUAUUUUUUCACUGGCUAUGGUUGGAUGCAAAUUGCUCGUCAGUAUGAAUGGCUUGAAAAUGACUUAAAAAAGGCAAAUUUACCAGAAAACAGAGCUAAACGCCCAUGGAUCAUUACCAUGGGACACCAGCCAAUGUACUGCAGCACAAAGGAGCCAUUAUCUGAAGAUGAUUGCAAAAACAGAGAAAGUAUUAUUCGCAAAGGGUUGCCAGUCUCUCAUUCAUAUGGUUUGGAAGAUUUAUUUUAUAAAUAUGGUGUUGAUUUAGAAUUCUGGGCCCAUGAACAUAACUAUGAAAGAAUGUGGCCUUUGUAUGAUUACAAAGUGUAUAAUGGAAGCUAUGAUGCCCCUUAUACCAAUCCCAAAGCACCUGUGCAUAUUACAACUGGUUCCGCAGGCUGCCAAGAAAAUUUGGAUCCAUUUGUCGAAGACCCUGAAGAAUGGAGUGCUGUAAGGUUUCUCGAUUAUGGAUAUACCAGAUUGCAAGUAAUUAACAAAACUCAUUUAUAUUUGGAACAAAUUUCUGACGAUCAAUACGGGGCGGUGCUUGAUACAAUGAUGCUUAUAAAAGAUAAACAUGGACCAGAGGCAUGGCUAUAAUCAGUGAUUUAUCCUGUGUAAAUAGUUUUAAUGUUUUUAAAAUAUUUGUCUGAUCUCAACUUCAGUCGUGAUUUUUUCAGAUUUUGUUUAAAAAUUGUAUUAAUUCGUGUCAAGUUUUCACAGAGAAACAAUUGAAAUUGUUGUUCUAUUUAUACUCAUAAUUUCAAUCAUAAAUUUUGUAACUGAAUUUAUUUUCGCCUUUGUUAGGUGAGUAUACGUUUAAAAUGCAAUACUUGAAGAAUAAUUUAUUUGAAACAUUACAUUUUAAAAAAUAUAAACUUGUUUGUUUUUAACUAUGAAA